CGGGUGGCCCUGGGUGAAAAGAAGCAGCGAGCGCUCGGCUACCUGUAGCCCAGCCAAGCUCCCCGCCCCGUCCUCUCCACCCGAGCGCUGCCCCGGCGCAGGCGGGGCUUCAGGCGGGAAGGGGCCGGGCUGCGCGGGGCCGCCGGGUUGGGCCCAUGGAGGCGGCGCGGGCGCUGUUUGCUUGGGGUGCAAACAGCUAUGGGCAGCUCGGCCUUGGUCAUAAAGAGGAUGUGCUGUUGCCCCAGUCUCUGAAAGAUUUUUCCUGCAAACAUCAAAACAUUAAGAGCAUUGCUGGAGGAGGAGGACACUCUGCAGUUAUUACUGGUGCAGGAGAACUCUUUGUAUGUGGCCAAAACAAAGGAGGACAAUUGGGACUCAAUCACACUGAGGAUGUCCUGUGUUUUACUUCAUGCACUGCGCUGUCUAGUGUUUGUGUGAUACAAGUUGCCUGUGGUUGGGAUUUUACAAUCAUACUUACAGGAAAUGGCCAAGUUUUAUCCUGUGGGUCUAACUCUUUUGGACAACUAGGAGUCCCUCAAACUUCAGGAGGAUGCUUGAUUCCACAAAAGAUUGAGUCCCUCACAGAGAAGGUGGUGAAUGUUGCUGCAGGACUCAGACAUGCUCUUGCUGCUACAGAAAGCGGCAUGGUGUUCCAGUGGGGAACAGGCAUGGCUUCUUGGGCAAACCGGGCAAGCCAAGGGAAAAUGAUCCCAUCCUUCUUGACAGCAAAAGAACCUUGUAAAGUAACAGGUCUGGAAGAUGUAAAGGUGAAAAGAGUCACUGCCAGCUCCUACCAUUCAGUGUCACUUACAGAUGAAGGAGAAUUGUGUGUCUGGGGUAGCAACAAACACGGGCAGCUAGUGAGUAAAGAGACUUUUCUUGUUGAGCCCCAGAAAAUAGAUGCUCAUUUUUUCUCGGGUGAAAAGAUUGGAGCGGUCUGGAGUGGAUGGACACACGUAGUGGCACAAACAGAAACUGGCAAGGUCUUCACGUGGGGUAGAGCAGACUAUGGGCAACUCGGAAGGAGUGCAGUGGUUCACGAUGGACAAAGACAGGAGGUGCAGAGAUCAUCUGAAGAACAUGUGAAGCAGUUGUCUAAUGUGCCGGUUUCAGUGCCUUGCCUCGCUGGAGCAUCUGAGGCUUUAACCCCCUUCAGACAACAAGCCUUGAAACAGAGGACUCACAGGAUAUAUACAUAAAGUGGACAACACUUGAUCAUAUAUAACACGGCUACCACUUUGAAACAGCUCACUGGGUGCCAUUCCAAAAUGCAUCUGUCUCAGCCACUGACAUCUUUUCCUUCAGAAAACAGCUUGCAGUGUGUGCAUUUCUGGGCUUUAACAAAACACCCAAUGUACCAUAAAAGCUUAAAUGCCAGGUAAAUGUGUGGCUUGUCUUCAGGGUCUUUCCUCUUGUUUCAUUGUCACUGACAGCAGAGCUCAUGCGGUAGGAGCAGGGCAAGGUGAGACUGUAUGCUGUCUGAGCCUGACCUUCUGAAGAAUGACCAUGCACAGUAUCUUCUGGCAGAGGCAUGGGAAAUCUGCAUCUCUGUUAGUCACUCAGAGAAGCACUUUUCCCAUUCAUUUUAAAUGCCAGCUCAGUAGAGCUCUCUGAGUGGAGCUUUUUUCUUUUCUUUUCUUUUUUUUUUUUUUUUUUUGGAAAAGGCAGUCACAUGAUUAAAAACAAUAGCCCGCAGGGCCCAUGGUGGUGGUCUGAAUGGGCUCAAAAAGGUCAAAUUUUCAAACCUGUUUGCCUAAAGUUAGGCUCUGAAAUAGUGUUUAGGCACCUGAAUAAGUGGCCUGAUGGUAAAAAAAAAUUCUGAGCAACUCAGCAGCUGCCAUUGACUAUCCAUUUUUAAAAACAGGCCACUUAUUUUGGUGCCUAAAUAAUGUAUUUGGAGCCUAGCAUUAGGCACCUAAUUUUUAAAAAUCUUAGCCUAUGGCUCCCCAUUGCUCUGCAAGGAAUCAGGUCUCAUAAUAAUAAUAAUGUUCUCACACCUGCAAGUGGUUUCUCAAUGGAUGUGCAUUUAGGUCUCUCAGACAGCCAGUACAUUCUCUGGAAUUAGCCUUGCCUCAGGAUUUUAGUUAUUGGAUGAAAUUUUUCCAAUUGUGGUUACCAGAGCUCUUAUUCAGUACCUUUUGUACUGCUGUCUGGUGAAUGUCCGCCAUAAACUGGUUCGAACACUCUCCUGUCUGGAAUGGAUGCUGAAUUCUUCCCUGGCUUCCUUUUAUGGCACCAACAUAACAGUGAAAGGCGGUUGGAGACUGGAGAUUAAUCACAACAUUUAAUAGGUGUAGAGAAAGAUUCUCUGAAGUGGCAAAGUCUAUUGGCAUGAGCAGAAAGUUGGGAGUCAGGCUAUUUGAUUCCAGUGCUCUUCCAUUUUUGUAUGCAGGACAAGUCCAUCAACCUCUCUCUACCUCUGUUUCCCUGUCUAUAAAGUGGGUAUAACAAUAUUUGCUCUCCUUUUUGAACCACUUUCAGAUCCUCAGAUUAAAAGGAACUGAAGGGGAAAGUACUCAUCUUUUAAUUCUAACUUUUGGGUCAUGGGGCUUUGCAGUAAGUCCAUUGACCUUUACUCUCAUGAAGUAUGGAAUUGGCUUUCGUUUUCUGAAAAGAGAUGAGAGCAAAGCAUUCAAAUAUGUAUUUAACUUGUAGCAUCAAGUAUUAACUUUUAUUGGGUUACACUACUUUUGUGACAUUAUUUCAUGGGGAUGCUGUAAGUGGUUUCGGGUCGCCAAUGUAAAAAUUGGCAGAUUUUGUAGUCAAUGGAGGAGACCACCCAUGAAGUUAAAGGAGAUCAGUUGAAGUAAAAUCCUCCUUGUCAAUCAUUAUGAAAAUACAAUGGUAAUCUUAGACAAGAACUUGAGAAGGAACAGUUAUUACUGUGAAAGUGGCAUGGCCUGGUAAUUGAACCCAGAUCUCCUGAAUUGCCAGUCCAGUGCUGUAAUCACAAGACCAUCAUUCCUUAAUGCACUCUCUAUGAACAGGAAUGAUAUUUGUAUCAUAGGAACAGGAAGAAAUAAAUACACAGGCUACAAUUACUCAUGAGGUUGGAGGGAGAGAAAUAUUUUUGACAUUCUUGCCAGUAAUCGAGAGUGGCAUGUACCUAAACAUAGACUCUCUUCUGCUCUGAGCAGAUUGUAUUUUCCAGAAUUCAUGGUAUUCCCGAUCCCUUGAAUUAAUAAGAUGAACACUAGGGCCUUGCCUUUAGUUUUGGUGAGGCUGGUUUCAGGUUUCAUUUUAUAAAAAAACCCGAAUUUCACUGCCCUGUUUUCUCUCCCUAUUUAAAAAUUCUUCCGCUAAGCUCAUGAGCUUGUAUAAGUUUUUGUUUUCAUUUUUAUUAAGUGAGCUUGCUUGCUUAUGAAAAUUCUUCUUUAUCUUUCAUUGCUGAAGUAAAAAAGUGAUGUAUUUACAGUGUAUUUUAUUUGUAUACUGUUUUUAAUGUUCAUAUCUCAAACCCACUGAAUGUUGUUUGCCUUUUACAUUAAAAAUACAAUGCAGUGCAUAUAAAAAAAAUGGAAAAC